ACAGAUGGAAAGUUUGAAUCUACAAAAAAAGUCUUUUGUUAAGCUCAUAUGAAGGGCCUAAAUCACCUGGUCGGGUUGCUUGAAAUAUUUGUCGGUCAUUUCUCAGUAAGCAGUGCUUUCUGAGCACAGCUUCAAUUUCCCUUCUAGGGUGUUCAGAUCUUGUGAUCAAAACUUUGGUGAAUGUCAGAAGUCGGUUGUGUGCUUCAGAAACUACAGAACAGGAAACACCCCCCCUACAGCUCCCACCUCUUGCUUCCUGUUUAACUACAUGGGUGGGGGGAGAGAAGCAUCUUAGGAACCAAUAACUGUGUUGCAAAAAAGAAAUGUAAACAACAGCUGCCACGCUGGAAAUUAAAGGUCCUGAUCUUGGUCAAUUCAGAUUGCAAUGCAGCUUCCACGCAGCGCUCGUUUUUCAGAAGCAAUGGUAGCAAAAACAGUAACCCGUGAUAAAAGGAGUGGGUGGAGGAGAGGAAAGACUGGAUUGCUGAAAGGAAACAUGUCCGGUGAAGUAAAUUUCCUGAUCGUCAAGAAAGGACUGUGAGGUCCUCGUCCUUGAGAAGCUAAAGUGGGACCUGGUGUCGGUGAUAGCGAACGACUUCUUGGCUCACAUCCUCUAUCGGCUCCCGCUGCCCACGGACAAGGUAGAGCUGGUGAAGAAGCACGCACAGACCUUCAUCGCCUUGUGUGCCACAGAUUACACCUUUGCUAUGUACCCUCCGUCCAUGAUUGCAACGGGCAGCAUUGGUGCAGCGAUUCACGGCCUGUCUGUCUCAGCUAACUCUUUCUCCGGCGAAGCACUCACGGAGCUGCUGGCCAGCAUUACUGGCACAGAGGUGGACUGCCUGAAAGCGUGUCAAGAGCAAAUUGAGGCAGCCUUAGCUGAGAGCCUGAAACAGGCUUCCCAAUCCCAGCAGGAAUACAGCUCCAGGAAGACUCCCGACUACCCGGCCAGCCAGAACGGCAGCAUGACCAGCACGCCUACAGACGUCACAGACAUCAACCUGUGAUGAACCCCCCUUCCCCAUAGUCCCCCAGCCCCAGGAGAACGGGACCUCGCACUGGAGAGGGAGAGGCCUUGUGGAACCUGCUGCCCAUUAAUUCUGUCCGUCUGAAACGCACCGGGGACUCAGUCCACGCACCUGAGGUGGCAAGGACCCAUCAGCUGUCCACCCAACAGCCCAGUAACAUCAGAGGGGAGGUGGGAGGCUAGGCUGUGAUGACCUCACAAGAGGAGACUCAAGCAGGUCUAGAUGGGUUGGCAUCUGGCAGUACUUUGCUGUCCCUACUGUUAACCUGCCUCACCAGACGGUGGCGGGGGGAACGUUUUGUGGUGGGCGGGGGUUAAAAUACAUCGGGGGAGGGGGUGAAAGAGCUUAACUUCAGUUUUAAAGAGUUUUUCGGGUUGUUUGUCUGAAACAUAGUUGGUGCACCGUUGCCGUUUGCUGUCUCCUAGGGAACCUUGGUCUCAAGCACUGCCAACCCUUCCGUGUGCGCACUUUAUGCACAUUAAGCUCUUUUAUUAUCUUGGCUUCUGGGAUGAAGAAACAUUCACCCAAUGCCUCCUGCAUUGGAGCAGCCCUCAGUCCCUAGUACAACAGGUUGGCUUGGUUUGGGGCCGAGAAGAUGGGUUGAUGGGGAGCCAUCUGGAGGAAAAUAAGAGGAGCGGGUGAAUCCAUCUCCUCACUGCUCAACACCGGGCUGGUUGGGUUUCUCCUACGGGGAGGGAAUAGCAGGGUUGCUUGUGUCAUUGUUAACAGGGAGAACAAGGGUCUGGUUUCUUGUUUUUUUGCGCUUGCUUUGUGCAAGUGCUCUGUUUUGGGGAUAAGUCUUAAGAGCUGGUACCGAAAGGUAAAAGCCCUGGGAAGAAGGAGACCUUUAGUGUGAGGCUCACUGGGUGUAGGGUUGGAAUUGGACUCACUGCACCUGAACUACCUUAAAUUGCCUUUGCUUUCUGCCAUUCUCCAAGAGGCAUUAACCAACUGCUCAGACAAGGGAAGAAGAAAUGGAAGAUUUGCAACUUCUUGGUGGGAAACUGGGUGCUACUUCCCCUUUCCAAACAGUGCCUUAAGCAUCCUUCCACCUACCUCCAUCAAUCCGCUGUGCCACCAGGGCUCUCACGUGGAGAUGAGUUAGUUAGUUCAGACACCACUCUUAUUUUUAAGUAUAUACUGAAUGUGCUGCUAUAGUCUUAAAUUUUGAUGAACUCCUCCAGAAGGUCUCAAAUGCAACUGGAAAAAUAAAAAGCAGGAGGGUGAGGGCAAGAGAGGGGGCAAAUAUAGAGUGUUUUUAUAGGUGAUAUAUAUAUAUAUACACACACAGAAUAGGCCAUAAAUACUUCCAAGCACUUAUGGACAGAGAAAAGAUUUUUGUUGUUGUUGUUGUUCCUGUUUUAGUUUUUAAAAAGUUUUAAAAAAAUGCUGCUUUGAUAAGAGAGAGACUUACAGAUGACUAUUUUAUUAAAGGGCAGAAGCCAGCUGGACUCUUGUCUGCUAAGAUGGGAGGUAGAACACUGCUGCUUACAUGGAUUUCUGGGCACUGAUGGUGUCUUACUCUGUGACUAUGUCGCCCUCCAGGGAGGAGAGGGGGAAAAACUCCCUCCUAGGCUGCCACUAGAAACAGAGUCUUGUUUGUCAGGCUGCUUUUUCCUUCCACCCGUCCUCCCACCGUGCUUAGCCUGAUUUGCCAAAAAGGAAAGCUGUCUGCCACUGACUUCUGCUAGCUGUUAAAGUUAGGAGGGGAUAGAAAUUACAUGAUGUUUGGGGGCUGUUUGUAUAAAAGGAAAAAAUAUAUAUAUAUAUUAAUGAGUUAAUUUAAAAAUAAAAUUGUUUGAACUAUCCAUAUGCAGAAAUUCCAGGGCUAGAAAACCAGAUGAAAGCAUAUGAUGUUGCAAUAAAAGACUUUUUAAAAAAAAGUGAAAGCAUCUAAAGUUUCCCCUUUGAAAGACUGAGUCAGAUUAUGUCUCUUUUUUGAGUGCCUGAGUGGGGCACGGCCCUGUAUACAAAGAGAUCUCUGGAGCCAGGUUCUUCUACUCCUAACAGCAACAAAAACAAUAGCUGUCUCUUCCUUUCUAAUCCCUAGCCCAGAAUUUACAACCCAACCAAAUGCAGGUGACCUUGUUCAGACAGACAUGGCUCACAGCUGAGGGAUCCACAGUUUGACUGAUUCCUCAGCUGUGGGCUAAUUUGCCAUGUCAUUGUCCACGAAGUGCAUUGUUCCUGAAGGACACUGGGGAGGAAGUGAGUGCGAAGUGUCAGCAGGGCUCAUAUGGGAGAAUGUAUAAAGAAGAGGUGGGGAGGAGCAAAAGAGGAUGGCGAAGGGAUAAGUAUACAUUGGAUUAAGAGAAAAGCUGGAGGAUGGGGUGGAAGCAGGCAAGGUCUUGAAGCUGAGACUCUAAUGCAGGUGAGAGGGAAGCUGGGGUGGGGGGAGAUUUCAGUGGGGUGUCCUGGACGGUAGCAGCAGCUUGGAUGGUGGCUAGGGGAAAAAUCAACUGGCCUUAAACUCACUUGAGAAGCGGCUCAACUGAACCAGAAGUGUAUAUUAGAGAAAGACACCCCCCUACCCCACCAUCAAAACCCCAGCAAUAGGCCCUAGCGGGAGUACGUGGGAGAACCUAGGACUUGGGCACUCCACUAACUGGGGUCCUUAAUAACAUGCAGGCUUCCACCCCUGGGGCAAAUUUUGCGCUGUACCUUACUUGCUUUGUUGAUGCACCUGUCAAAGGCUACGUGACCCCCUCUGGUGUAACGGCGUGGAGGUCGUUGGAUGAACACAGCGCUCCAGCUUGAAAG